AUGGUCAAGACCUGGCGCAGGCUUUCUGAUCAUGACACUCCCAAAUCUGAUGAAGAAAAAGAAGCCGCCGAAGUAUUCAAGGAGGUCCAUAUUGAAGAUGACAAGGCUUCCACGAAUGAAAGCGUCAAGGAGAAUGCAAAGGCCGUAGAGCCAACGGACGUGCCUGAUAUGAUCUGGAACAUUUACAAUUCUGUCACUGCGUGCGCGAAUUGCGAUCUUCUAGUCACUUCGGCGUCGCACUGGUAUUUCUGUCGAUCCUGCCCUCACAUGGUCUUGUAUCCAGCCUGCUACCGUAAUAUCCAGAGCAGCAAUCAUGCUCCGCGGACUUGUAAUUCUCAGCAUGAGUUUUACUAUACUGGCAAACGGCUUCGAUUUUCUGAAUGUGCGGAAGAGGGCAUGAUUCGCCUCACGAGCAUCGACUCUGACGAGGUGAAGAUAUUGUGGGUUGAGGAAUGGAAGGAUAGGUUGGCAGAGAAAUGGGGAACGAAGGAGUUUGAGUUUGAAGGUGGAUUGUCGUCUUGGUGUAUGCAGGUGUUGCCAGAGGUGCAGAGGGAGAGAUGGGCUACAUUUUUCAAGGUAUAA